AUGGGCUCGAUAGUAGAAGCUCCAAAGGGCUCCGCCUCCAAGCUCUUCGCGCCUCUCGACAUUGCUAAUGGCAAAAUUACACUCAAACACCGCGUCGUCCUUGCGCCCUUGACUCGCAACAGAGGUCUUCCUCUGAGCGCCGAAAGCACCCCCGAGAAGCCGAACCGCAUAUGGUACCCCGACCACCUUGUUGCUGAGCACUAUCGCCAGCGCGCCACCGAUGGUGGGCUCCUUAUCAGCGAAGGGCUUCCCCCUAGCCUGGAGAGCAACGGCAUGCCUGGCGUCCCCGGCAUAUUCAUUCCCGAGCAAGCUGCCGGUUGGAAGAAGGUAACCGACGCGGUGCACGCUGCCGGAGGUUACAUCUACGCCCAGAUCUGGCACGCUGGCCGCACCACCAUCGCGCCCUUCACGGGGACCCCCGCCGUUUCCCCGUCCGCUGUGCUCUGGGACGACCCCGAAGAAUGCUACCCUUACCCUCCUGUCGGCGCCGACGCGCCAGUCAAGUUCAGGGAAUAUCCGCCGAUAGAGUUGAGUGUGGAGCAUAUCAAAAGGACGAUCGGAGACUACGUGAAAGCAGCGAAGACCGCUAUGGAGGUGGGCUUCGAUGGUGUUGAGAUCCAUGGCGGCAACGGCUACCUCCCCGAACAAUUCCUGUCUUCCAACAUAAACAAGAGGACGGACGAGUACGGCGGUUCCCCCGAAAAGAGAUGCAGGUUUGUGCUGGAGCUGAUGGCCGAGGUCGCAUCUGCAAUUGGUGAGGAGAAUCUGGCAAUCCGACUGUCACCGUUCGGUCUCUUCAACCAAGCUCGUGGAGAGCAACGUAUGGAGACGUGGGGUCAUCUUUGCCGAGAGAUCAAGAAGGACCACCCGACUCUUUCCUAUGUCAGUUUUCUGGAGCCCAGAUACGAGCAAGUGUUUUCGUCCGAGGAGAAGGACAAAUUCCUUGCGUCGUGGGGCCUACUAAACGUUGAUUUGUCAGUUUUCAGAGACAUUUUCAACGCUGGCCCGAAGCCAACCCCCUUCUUCUCUGCGGGCGGUUGGAACGACACAAACUCGUGGGGUGUCCUUGAAUCUGGAAAAUGCGAUGCGUUGCUCUACGGCCGCCUGUUCACCAGCAAUCCGGACAUGAAGGAGCGUUUGGAGAAGGGAUAUCCGCUCAAAAAGUACGACCGCGCUCGAUUUUACGGUCCCUUUCCGGACAGAGAAGUAGCAUAUACGGACUAUCCGACGUGGGAGGAAGAAGUGCAGAGCGCAGCAAAGCAGGGCAAGAAGGUUGAAGUUGAAGCCACCGAGGACGGCGGGCAGCGCGUCAAGUAG